AUGAGCUCUGAGUCAGUAAAGGUGGUUGUUCGCUGCCGCCCAAUGAAUGAAAAAGAACAGGCAAACAAAUUUGAAAGGGUGGUCUCUGUGAAUGUGAAACUGGGCCAAAUUAUUGUCAGGAACCCCAAGGAAACUCUAACCAGCAGUCCUCCCACAGUAUUUACUUUUGAUUCAGUCUACAGCUGGAACUCCAAACAAAUAGAUCUUUAUAAUAAAACCUUCAUGCCCCUGGUAAAUUCAGUUCUUCUUGGCUUCAAUGGGACUAUCUUUGCCUAUGGGCAGACAGGUACAGGGAAGACAUACACAAUGGAAGGGUUGAAAAAUGAUCCAGAGAGCAGAGGGGUGAUCCCUAGCGCCUUUGAUCACAUCUUCAAACAUAUCUCACGCUCCCAGAAUCAGCAGUACCUGGUGAGAGCAUCAUAUCUUGAAAUUUACCAAGAUGAGAUCAAGGACCUGCUCUCCAAGGACCAAUCCCAUCGUCUUGAGCUGAGUGAGAGGCCUGACACGGGAGUUUUUGUCAAAGACCUGUCAUCAUUUGUCACCAAGAGUGUGCAAGAGAUCGAGAAUGUCAUGAAGGUGGGCAACCAGAAUCGUUCUGUGGGUGCUACAAACAUGAAUGAACACAGUUCCCGAUCUCACGCCAUUUUCGUCAUCACUGUUGAGUGCAGUGAGCUGGGUGUGGACGGAGAGAACCAUAUCAGAGUUGGCAAACUGAACCUGGUAGAUUUAGCCGGCAGUGAAAGGCAGGCCAAAACUGGUGCUCAGGGGGAGAGGCUUAAAGAAUCCACAAAGAUCAACCAGUCACUUUUUGCCCUGGGGAAUGUCAUGUCAGCUCUGGUGGAUGACAGGGCCAGCCACAUCCCCUACCGAGAUUCAAAACUCACCCGUCUGCUGCAGGACUCCCUGGGAGGCAAUGCCUGCACUGUCAUGGUUGCCAACAUUGGGCCGGCAUCCUACAACAUGGAGGAGACCUUAACAACAUUGCGAUACUCCAACAGAGCAAAGCACAUCAAGAAUAAACCACGCAUCAAUGACGACCCCAAGGAUGCCCUACUGAGGGAGUUUCAGGAGGAGAUCGCCAGGCUGAAGGCGCAGUUGAAAAAGCGCUCAGGAGAAAAAAAGAAGAAGAAGAAGAAGCAGAGGAGGGCUGGGGACGGGAGCAAUGGUGAGGAUCUGGGAGGAGAGACAGAGGAUGAUGAUGAAGAUGGAGAUGACAACGGAGAUUACUGGCGGGAACAACAGCUUAAGCUAGAGAGAGAGAGGAAUGCCAUUAUGGAGGAUCACAGUCUGGUGGCUGAGGAGAAAGUUCAACUGCUCAAGGAAAUAGAGAAGAAAAUGGGAGACUUGAGGACGGAGAGGGAGGCUGGAGAGUUGAUUCAGGCUAAAGUUAAGGCAAUGGAGAGCAAACUUCUGGUUGGGGGGGAGAACAUAGUGGAUCACACCAACAAGCAACAGAGAAUGCUGCAGCAGAGGAAGCAUGAAAUCGCUGAAAAGAAAGACAGAGAGCGAGAGAUGCAGCAGCAGAUGGAGUGUCGUGACGAGGAGACUCUGGAGCUGAAAGAGACCUUUACUUUCUUGCAGCAGGUUGUCAACAGCAAAACCAAGAAGCUGAGAAAGGUGUUUACCAGGCUGCAGGCAAUGAAGGCAGAAAUCCACGACAUCCAGGAGGCACACAUCAAAAAACGCCAGGAGCUGGAACAGAACCAGAAUGACCUCACCAAGGAGCUCAAACUCAAACAUCUGAUCAUUGAGAACUUCAUUCCCCCAGAGGAGAAGAGCAAAUUAGACAGCAGAGUUUACUUUGAUGAAGAGGAUGAUCACUGGAAACUGAAGCCCAUCACGCCUGCUGUACACAUCCCGACACUGAAACUGGACCUUCCAACACGGACAACUUUGGACUAUCAGGCGCCGGUGGUCGCCCCAGCGCUGUUAGAAGCUCUGAGGAACGCUCUCAAGAUUGAUGAUGUGAUGGUGAUAGAUGCAUCAGACUGUCAAAGGCCAGCCAGCACCAUCUCCAGCCUCAAGAAAUCCAAGUCUGGUCGAUCAAGAGCUGGCAAGAGGUUGGGCAGCCCUUCCAGUCCAGGACCUCCUCUUUACCCAAAAUGCCGCGGCCUGGUGCCCAAGUGA